AUCAGUCCGCCACCGGUCGCCCCUAUCCUCCACAACAAACAUGUAACGUCACCGGUGUCACUACGCCACCAACUGCUCAUCUGUCCGACUAAUGAUGGCCACGACGGGGAGACGUUUAUGUCGGAGGCGCCGCGGCGAGGCAGCUAAAUAAACGACGACGACCACAGUGGGACGGCCCGUGCUAGCCUAAUAGGCUUGCCGUGCUAACUGAGCAGAUGGCAGCGGAGGAAGAUUAAGUCUAGCACUUGGCCUCAAAGGUCAACGUGGGCAAAUAUGUCAGUCUGAAAAAACAAAACAAAAUAAAAAACCCAAACGGGGGAGACUUAACAAGAGGAGGAAACAUGAAGACAUCCAGAAUUGUCACCUCCUCGUCACUGGCGAAUGGAAACCAAAGUGACGAGCGGCGGCAGAGGAAGAUGGCCGACAUCGCUCAGGCCCUGCAGGCGAGUCCGGCGGACGUGGCGGCCCUCAGGAGGAUGGCCAUCAGCGAGGGGGGCCUGCUGACGGACGAGAUACGCUGUCAGGUGUGGCCGCGACUCCUCAACGUUCCGCCCAACAUUUUGGAGCAGGAGCCAGAGACCGUGGAGCGGGACAACAACAAGGACUACAACCAGGUGCUACUGGACGUUCAACGCUCACUGCGAAGGUUCCCUCCUGGUAUGCCAGAUGAGCAGCGCGAGGGUCUCCAAGAGGAGCUCAUUGACAUCAUCCUCCGCGUCCUGAAGCGUAAUCCUCAGUUGCACUACUACCAAGGUUACCACGAUAUCGUCGUCACCUUCCUCCUGGUCGUGGGCGAGCGCUUGGCGACAGCCCUCGUGGAAAAGCUCUCCACACAUCACCUCAGGGACUUCAUGGAUCCCACCAUGGACAACACCAAACACAUCCUCAACUACCUGAUGCCCAUCAUCGAGAGGGUCAACCCUGAGGUGCAUGAUUUCAUGCAACAGGCGGAGGUGGGAACCGUGUUCGCUCUCAGCUGGCUGAUCACCUGGUUCGGCCACGUCCUGUCAGACUUCCGCCACGUGGUCCGGUUGUACGACUUCUUCCUCGCCUGCCAUCCGCUGAUGCCCAUCUACUUCGCAGCCGUGAUCGUACUGCACAGAGAAGAGGAGGUCCUGGAGUGCGAGUGCGACAUGGCCAUGGUCCAUCACCUGCUGUCUCAGAUCCCUCAGGAUCUUCCCUACGAGACCCUCAUCAGCCGAGCGGGAGACCUGUUUGUCCAGUUCCCCCCGUCCGAACUGGCCAGAGAGGCCGCCACGCACGACUGCAUGGCGACCACCACCUUUAAGGACUUUGACCUGGCCUCGACACAGCAGCGCCCCGACUCGGUGCUCCGUCGACGGCGGAAGCAGCUACAGCAGCAGCAGGAGGCGCUGGAGCGCUCGGCGGUGGCCCGGCCGUCCAUGACGCGCCGCUUUGUUCGCUUGGCGGUGAUGGGCCUGACGGUGGCUUUAGGGGCGGCGGCGCUCGCUGUGGUCAACACCGCCCUGGAGUGGGCCCCCAAGCUGGACCUCUUUCCAUGAACUCCCUCACACCUGAGCCAGGAGUCACCAGCACCAGUCACCUCUCCUCGCUGAACCACCCCCAUAAAAAAGCACUACGUUUGUUGAAAUGAAACCCCUCAACUCACUUCAAUAUAGUUUCUUAGCACCAAGAUGCCACAAGAUGGCAGUGAAGCACUCCUUUUGUCAAAAUGAAGCGCCUCGACUCAGUUCAACAUUGUUAAUUUGCACCAAGAUGGUACCAAAGAGAGUUUUUUUUUUUUUUGCUAACCCCGAGCUCAUCGUUUUCAUCGAAUAACGGAGGCUAGGUUCAGCCAGAAAUCAGCGAACAGGUGAAUUCCUGAAUGGCGAAUAUGGGGCGGGUUCACUGUACAGUGGUACCAUGACUUUGGAGUUUAAAUCAUUCUGUGACUGAGCUUGUGAGUCAGUUUACGCCACUGUAUUAAUAUUUUCAACUGUAAAUAUACCACUAACUGAUCCAGAAACACUUAAUUUUAAUUUCAAACUCAUCUUACAAUAUGUCACUUAAAAAUAAACAGCUUACAAAUGAUUUGAUUGUGAAAAAUGCACCAGAAAUGUAUUUAGCACAUAUAAACACUUCGACAUACUUCCUUGACACCAAUUACCGUACUCUCUGGGCUUUGGCGCCAUCUUGUGGCAUUUAAGGGUUGUUUCAGAAAGCGCACAAAAAAACGUAUUUGUUAUUUUUCAGCGGACAGUUUCCUCUGGGGGAGGGGGGGCAGAUUCGGUGAAUUUGUUAAUAGUGAACCGCGGAUAUGCGGAGCUUACUGUGUACCAGAACUGACAGUUUCUUAGUCUACUUGUUAUUUUGGGUUAGGACGACUGAGUUAUUCUAAUAGAAAUAGAUGAUUGUGGCCUUUGCUGCCAAUUAGACACAUGUCGAGUGUGUGUUAUUUACAUUUUUAAGGUAUUUGAUAUCAGGACAGAGACCAAAUGACGGAUUGUUAGAAUUCUCUUCUAUUCACAAGUUUCUCGUAGUAAGCUGUAAAGAACUGGUACACACACAUAUCAUUUCACUUAAAUUUCUGCUACUUCACCGUCCGCCUCUUCUUUACAGUUGUACUUUUCACAUUCCUCCAGCUAUCGGUGACUAGCUCAUUUACUUUUAAUUAGCUGAGAUGGUUUUGGUAAAAGCAGAACAGGUUCUCGAGCCAUCGGCAAAACCAAACAUAAAACAUGCCUCAACUAGUCUUAAGACUAAUUUGUUCCAGCAUGUAAAAAUAUACUCAUGAUUGGCAAUAUCUCCUCAGUGUAAGACUGGAUGUCAUACUUUUUAUACCAAGUACCACCUAGAAUAAAAAAAAUACUCUCCCAUGUUCCGUCAUGACCAACAUUAAAAUGUAAAAAGAAAAAUAGUAGUAAAGGAUUUUAAAAAAUUUCCUUUUAAAAAUGUUGAUAACAUUCACUUCUUGAGAUUAGAUGCAAAUGUAUUGAACUUUAAAGAUCCAGUGAAUGUAACUGAACUACACUUAGGCAUUCUUUCAUACUUUGAGAAUCGCUGUAAGGUAUCUGGUGCGUCACUGCCAGUCAAAUCCAUUCAAAUUUUUUUGUCACCACCGCUGGAAGGAGCACACAUUAUUAGCCUACAAGUAAACUGGUGCUGACCUUCACUAAUAUUGCACACGUCAUUUAUUUAUUUAUUUUUUAUUUCCUAUGGGAAGUAUGAAGUUUGACACUACAUCGUAGGUGUUUAGGCACAUUGAAGUAGCUUGCGGGAUUGCGUCCACGCAAGGUUUUCUUUUUUACUUGUACACCUCGAAACACUGGACAGCCUGGCAGCCGACGAACUGAAAACGUUGAAUUUUUCGGGAGGAAUUACUUGUCGCGAUGGUCUUUCCCAGGAUGGUCUGAAGUGUUUGCUGUCUUUAUUCAUGUUGCACUAGAUUUGUCUGCCUUUUUUUAUUUUAUUUAACAAAUAUAUCCUACUAAAGUAAAUUUGUACUGUACAAGAGAAUGCUAAUAAACCAUGAAAUGAGGCGUAUUAA